AUGGCCAUGUCGCUGAGCCAGGAGGAAGAUGAAUCGCUUCCGAUCAAGGGUUCCGCUCUCGAAGCAGACGUGUCUGACUAUCCCCGCCAACCGUCCCGAUCCCCUCAUCCCUAUCGUCGCAAGGGCUCGCAUUCUGCAUCGCUGCCUGCGGAUUCCGGCGACCGGCCAACCCGUCUCCACUGGCCACGGACCUCAAGCGAUAGUGGCACCGAGGCCGAUGAUGAGAGCACAGGCGUGCUGAGAGGUCUACCGGCUGCCCCUCUGCGACCGCGGAAGGGGUUGCGCUCGGGUCGUCAGGCCGCCGGUGAAGAGGAUCAGUGGUUUCCCGUCUUGCGCUCGUGGCCGUCAAUAACCCGGUCCACUUCGCGGAGCUCUCGGCGGAGCUCUGGGGAAGAAGCUGAGGCUGAGGCGACCGAAUUGCGCGAACAAGCAAAGCGGAAACGCCGGGUUGGGAUCCUGCAGAGAUUACUGGAGACCGCGUUGCUCCUCUCGGUGGGUGUGGUCGUUUUGGGACCAGAGAACACGCGGUCCGUUGCGUGGGCUUGGAGAAAAGAGCUCCUGGCCCACUCGUUGCUGAUCACUGGCCUCUACGCCGCCUAUCCUUUCCAUCGAGAUGGACGUUUUCGCUUCUCGAGACUACGCUCCUUCGUGAUUCCGACGAGCUUCGAUCCCGCGCCGCUGCUUUAUCCGAUCUUGAUACCCCUUUACGUUGCUUUAUCCUUAGCGCAGCAUAGUCCUACCCUAAUACUCCCUAAUAUCCUUCUCAGCCUCUCCUCUCUGCCUGCCGCCGUCAUCCCGCUGCAUGGCUGGGUUCAUGGCCACAGCCUCGUCCAUUGGAUGAUCACGCUGCUCCCGAUGAUCGUCUCGGAGGAGCUCUCGGCAGGCAUCUCGCCUCCCAAAUCUUUGUCGCUCCUCGGUCUCAACCCGGAAUCUUUGGCUCUUAUUUUCCCUUUGCAUCAAGCGUUGAUACCCACUCUAGAUUUUUUGUUGACUACCAGCGUCCUUCCAGCAGAACUGCAGCUUUUGACAAGCGCGUUGAUCAAUUUAUUUUUAUUCGCAAGCUCCCCCCAGGCGGAAGUCCUUAAGGCGUUGCUAUGGCUUGGUGGCUUGUGCAUCUUCCUCACUUGUCGUGACGUGCUUCGCUGGGAAGUGGCUUUGGCACGGAUCCCCAGCUGGAAGUUUCGGCGAGCUCCCAGUAACUCGCAAUCGCCUCGAAGUAUUUUCAAUGUGCUCGAUCACAAGUUGUGCCAGCGGCUCAGCCGGACGGGCACCUCGGAGGACAACAUGUCCGACAGUGACUCGCCCGAGGGCCAGUUCUUGCUCGUCUCGCGCAAGACGAUGUUCGAGACGCGCGAGAAACACAAGGCCGGAGAGUCAGCUCUGCCAGCAGAGACCGCCGGGAUAGAAAUCGUUCGACAGCAACCCAAAAUGACCCAUCGGCGACGGCACACCAUCUCCAGCGUCAACGAAGUCGCACGCACCGGGAAGAUCAGGACGACGCCCAGUGGCCGACGCAAGCGAUCAAUGGCGCCUGGACUAGCGUCGUUUCUGUCGAUGACCGUGCCGCAAGCCCAAGUCCGAAAAUGGCUCUAUGCAUCUUUCGUCUACGUCAUGGUGUUCCUCAUCAUCUUGGGGCCCAUCCGGAAAUACGUGGGGGAGCGCGCACUGCACGGAGAAGAGCCGUUUGGGUGGGCACUCAGCUAUCUGCUGGGUAACGUGUCGUGGUUUCGGUUCUGGGUCAUCAUGUGGAACCUGGAGUAUUGGAUUCCUCUCCCCGCUCGCCUGGACCCCGAUCUGUCCUACGCUGCUUCCUGCACCCUGGGGUGGGUGGAACAUGUCCGCCAGGACACCUUUGGGGAGGCUAGCUCACGUCUCCUGAUCGCUGCGUACUGCAUCGUGGUGCUGGCAAUGGGGCUGGCUGUUGUGUUACAGUUGAGUUCCGUCGCUGAAGUAGAUACGAGACGCAAGGUCUUCCAUGGUAUGAUGGUGUUGAUGUUCCUUCCAACGGUCUACAUCGACCCCACAUUUUGUGCGCUCGCUCUCAGUUUAGUCCUGUCGAUCUUCCUGCUGCUCGAUCUGUUUCGAGCCUCGCAGCUGCCUCCGAUCUCGCGACCGUUGACCUACUUUCUGGCGCCCUACGUGGACGGCCGCGACCAUCGGGGUCCUGUCAUCGUGUCCCAUAUCUUUCUCCUCAUUGGAUGCUCGAUCCCCCUUUGGCUCUCCCUGGCGGAUAUUCCUCGGACCGAAGACCAUCCAUGGGUGGGGUGGAAUGCCUUGACCCGGGAGGUAGGGAUGGUGAGCGGAAUCAUCUGCGUGGGUAUGGGCGAUGCGGCGGCCUCGCUCGUCGGGCGGCGAUUCGGUCGGCGCAAGUGGUUUUGGGGAGGAGGCAAGUCGCUCGAGGGCAGCGUGGCAUUUGCCGUUGCUGUCACGGGGGGGUUGAUUUUCGCGCGCGGGUGGCUUGUCCUGGGACAGUGGCCCGUGGGUGGACCCGACGGACAGCAUCAUGGCUUCCCCUGGUUGCAGGUGGUGGUGAAAGCCAUUUUGGCCGCCGGAGGCACUAGCGCGACUGAGGCCAUUCUGACGGGGUGUAACGACAAUGUCGUGGUGCCGGUUGUGUUGUGGCUACUGGUGCGAGGGCUCGGACUGUGA